AUGCAGUCCAUGACUGGAGACACUCCACAAAUGAAGGGUUCCACUUGCUUGAAGAGCUAUAACCGGAAAACGGAGUGUCCGUUUUCACUCUGCAAGGCGCGACAGAGCAAUAAGGAGGGCGAGGUCGGGGGAGAAAUCGGUCGCAGAGACUUUGAUAUUGUCAAGCACCGGCGGACACGUGGGCGGGUCGAAGAUGGUCGACACCAGCUGAUGGAGCUUGGACGCGGCACCAAGGAGGCUGUUGAGCUGUCCGAAGCUCUCGGCGUUGUACAGCCGGACGACCUCAACCAGCCACGUGCUUUGUUUGAUCUAGUGACGCUGCACUCACCGAUGGUCGCCUGUGGCCCCGAGCUACUUCACUUGGACUCCUUGGUGAGAUGA